AUGAAAGUCAACCUUGGGGAUGAUGCCAUUGAAACUUUGGAAACUAUCUUCCGAAGAAUUAGAAAUGUACUUUUGGCUGGUAAAAAAUAUGUAAAAAUUGUACAAUUUGAACGCAUCAGCUUGUACGAAUUACAACAACAAUUAAGGCAACUUCUGGGAAUUGCUAGUAUGGCUCUUUUCAGAUGGGCUCGUCAUUCUAUUGCUUUAGUAAAAAAAUAUUGUAGAUUAUCUUCACCAUUUAGAGGUCGUUUACAAAAAACU